CGCGUUGUCAGACAUGCCAGUCAUUCCCAAAGUGUCUUGUUCACCCGUUCGGACGGAUGAGGGUCUGCAAAUGUCCUCCAAUCAGUGAGGCCAUAUUCUUCUUCCGUUGCGCUCGCCAAGACUGGAUCUGAAAGAUAUAUAACACAUUACCUUGGCGCCCUACUUGGCGUUUGGUUCCCCAGCCAGUCUCCGAUUCUCACCACCACUCACUUCUUUGUUCAAUUUCACUACCGUCGUUCUCUUUUCUCCACGCCAAGAUGGUCAAGUUUACUGCCCCUGCUGCGGCUCUGCUGAACGUCGCUCUGGUAGCGGCGUCUCCUUAUGGCCACCGCGCACCUCACAUUCGUUACACCAACACCGUUGCUCGCGCAAGCAACGCCACCGGCUGCGUUGUCACCAAGUACGAUGACAUUGCGAACGCUGUCAAGACGUGCACCGACAUCACGCUCUCUAACAUUGCUGCGCCCUCCAACGGUGCUAUCGAUCUCUCCAAGCUUCAGACGGGCACCAAGGUCACCUUCGACGGCACAACCACUUUUGCCGACACCGUCGACAGCAGCUUCGACCCCAUCAUCAUCUCCGGAACCAACAUUGUUGUUACUGGCGCUCCCGGGCAUGUGAUUGAGGGCAAUGGUGCCGCUUACUGGGACGGUCUUGGAUCCAACGGUGGUGGCGACAAGCCCAACCACUUCGUUGUUGUCAAGAAGACCACCAACGCCAAGAUCACCAACCUGAACAUCAAGAACUGGCCCGUCCACUGCUUCUCCAUGACCGGCAACCAGGGCCUGACCGUUUCCGGCCUCGUCCUCGACAACUCUGCCGGUGAUGCGCCCAACGCUAAGAGCGGCAGCAAGGCCGCCGCCCACAACAGUGACGGCUUCGAUAUCUCCUCCAGCGACAACGUCCUGCUCGAGAACAUCAAGGUCCACAACCAGGAUGACUGCGUCGCCGUCACCAGUGGAACCAAAAUCACUGUCAACAACCUGUACUGCUACGGAGGCCACGGCCUCAGCAUCGGCUCCAUCGGUGGCAAGAGCAACAACACCGUUGACGGUGUUACCUUCUCCAACUCCCAGAUCGUUAAGAGCUCCAACGGCUGCCGUAUCAAGUCCAACUCCGGCACCACCGGCGAGGUCAACAACGUCACGUACAAAAACAUCACCCUCACCGAUAUCGACACCUACGGUAUUGAUGUCCAGCAGGACUACCUCAACGGUGGCCCGACCGGCACCCCCACCAACGGUGUCAAGAUCUCUGGCAUUCACUUCAUCGAUGUGACCGGAACUGCCACCAGCGACGCCUACAACUACUACAUCCUCUGCGGUGACGGCAGCUGCUCCGACAUCACCUUUGAGAACACCAAGAUCACCGGAGGUGGCAAGACCAGCAGCUGCAACUUCCCCGCCAGCGGAUGCCCGGCAUAGGCGCAACGACCGUUCUCUGUAAAUAUUCCUAAAAAAAAAAUUGUGGAUAAGGAUAAAGCGCAUAUAUUACGAUCUUGUUUUCGCCGGCGGCUUCAGCAUUUCGGCACCGGGCCAUGUGGGACUUGCGGCGCCGGGUGGGUCCUGGGAUAGCUUAGCUAAUGGAAUCUUUUAUCUUUCA